AUGGUAAAAGACAUCCGGAGCGUGUGUGUGAUGGCGGCUCUGAAUCUGCCCACGGACUCGUUGGACAAACACCAGGACUCGCAGAAGAUCACCACCCUGAUCGAGCAGGAAGUGUCGACGAAGGUGAACCGUGUCCUUUCUGAGGAGCAGGAGGAGGGCCCUGUGAUGGUUGACUCCCUCAUCAGCAGCGAGAGUGUGGCAUGA